AUGGAAAACUUUCAAAAGCGUGUUCAGCAUGAAAUUACGAAAGAACUUAAGGAUGAUGAGAUACGCGACAAAACGGUUAAGGAAGGCGUCGAGGUCGACAUUUCGCCAAACAAAGACGGAAAGAUUACCAAGACGGUCACCACUAGAGGCUUAGGAUGGCAAACACCGGGCAACGGCGACAAGGUGGCCGUGCACUACGUCGGCUGGCUGCUGGACGGAACCGAGUUUGACAGUUCUCGCAGUCGAAAUGAGCAGUUUGUCUUUACGCUGGGCGCCAAGGAGGUGAUCAGCGGCUGGGACAUUGCCGUAAAGACGAUGAAGCGCGGCGAGGUGGCCACCUUCAAGAUUGACUCCUCGCUGGCCUAUGGCGAACGCGGCUCGCCGCCAAAGAUUCCACCCAAUUCGACACUUCUCUUUGAGAUUGAGCUCUUUGACUGGCAACUGGAGGACAUUACCAAGAAGAAGGACGGCGGCGUCUACAGGCGCAUCCUCAAGGACGGCACCGGCUGGGACACGCCAAACAAGGGCGCUACCGUCUGCAUCGACUACGUCGGAAAGCACGAGGAGCGCGUCUUUGAGCAGCACUCCGGUGUGACCUUCUCUCUGGGCGAAGGCAGCGAGUCGGGCAUUGUGCCCGCCAUUGAGAUGGCUCUACGAAAGAUGAAGAGCGGCGAGCACUGUGAGAUUACCGUCUUGCCCGAGUACGCUUUUGGAGCUGACAGCAGCAAGCUGGCUGAAUUCGGCAUUCCAAAGGACUACGAGGAGCUGAAGUACGAGAUCACCCUAAAGAGCUUUGAGAACGUCAAGGAGGUCUUUGAGAUGGACAACAGUGAACGGCUGGAGCAGGCUACCCUCGUCAAGACCAAGGGAACAAAGUACUUUAAGGAGUCAAAGUUCAAGCUGGCCAUCAAGCAGUACAAGCGCGUCAUUCAGUUUGUCGGUCUGCUGGACGAGUUUGAGGGCGAGUUGAAGGAUCGCGCCCGAGAGACGCUGCUCGCCGGCUACCUCAAUCUGGCCAUGUGCUACCUGAAGACGGAGAAGCACGUUGACGCGCAGAAGAACUGCGACAAGGCGCUGGAGAUCGACCCGAAGAACGAGAAGGGCAUCUUCCGCCGUGGUCAGGCGCACUUCGGGCAGAAGGACUUUGAGGCGGCCAAGUUGGACUUUCUCAAGCUGCUGGAGAUUGACCCCAACAACAGCCUCGCCAAGAGUCAGCUGGCCAAUGUGAACGUCAAGCUGAAGGCGCAGCGUGAGGCGGAGAAGAUCAAGUACAAGAACAUGUUUGAGCGACUUGCCAAGCACGACACAAGCGAGAAAAAGGAUUCUGCCAAAGGAGGCGCCAAAUCCGAGCAGGUGAAGAACGGCACCAAGGACCAACUGGCCGGUGAUCAGCUGACCAAGGACACCGUCAGCAUGUAA